CGAGAGAAUUAUCAGGAACUAUAUUGUCUCAACAAUCUGUUAUAAAUAAUAGUACUACCUAGCUCUUUUAGUACAACAAAAGAACCGCAAAAAAAUGGAUUCCCAAACAACAGUUAAAACCUUAACAGAAGAUCCUCUUCAAUAUAGAGCUUUUGUCCAAAACCAUAUACUAAAAGAUGCAUCAUUCUCCUCUUAUAUCAAACCAGAAGAACAUACUCCCCCUGAGGAUUCCGAAAUCAACGUAUUCGAUGCCAAAAAAUACUUCAGUGAAACCAAUGACUCCUCUCCAGAAGUCGAAAAUAAAUUAGUGGAACCAUGCGAAUUAGCUUCAGCUCAUCGUCAUUCAUCAGUUUCUUCCGUAGAUAAUAAUAGCUACGGAAGAAACUUUCGUGCCAAUUCAUUUCGUGCUACGCCAACUGCUUCAUCUGAAGCUAGUUGGAAUAGCCAAACUGGGCUAUUAGCAAAUCCUCCAGGUGCUAUUUCUGUUUCAUUGAGGGGCAUUAAUCCGAAUGAGAAAAAAAGAACUACAUUUAGUACUCGUACAUGGCUUUUCUGUCGUAAAUGCCCUUGUUCGGGUAAGAAGUCCGUGCAAGUUGAGGAAACUAGUUCGGAGCCAAGAACAGAAAGUACUGGCUCCGAACAUUUCCCCAUAAAGCAUAAAGUAGUACUUGAAAAAACUACCAACAUGUCUCAGAAAAAUUCCAUUGAGGUACAACAGAGGACAGCAAGGACGCAGUCGUUAGACAUUCAUCCUGUACCUGUACCUCUAUCAUUGGGGACGAUAAAUAAAAUUGGAACGAUACAGAGAAGAUUAUCAGAGUCAGAGAUAACUACUACUACUCAUAUUACGCCUUGUCAACAGCGCGUGUUGGCACCAGUUAGGCCGUUUACUGAAACGGCAGGAGGAGGAGGAGGGGGAGGAUUUUCUUUCCCAAUUCUAAACAAUUCAGCACAGGCGGCGAAAUUGGGAAUCAAACCUCCACCAACAAGGUCGUCAAUUUCACCAAUACUGGAAGAUCCAGCACGAGAUUCAAUCGAAGUUUUUCAACCAUCUUCGCGUAAAUCAACAGAAACAGAUCAUCAUCAUCACAGAUGCAACUUCCCCUUCCCUGGUAGUCCAAUUUCUCGAGUGACAGCAACAGAUGAUGACGCUGCCAGCGAUGCUAGCUCCGAUCUUUUUGAAAUCGAGAGCUUCUCAACAUCCAUCGCGACAUCAUCAUGUCCAUUAUAUCGUCAACAGCGUCAUUCCCUCGAGGAGCCAGGUACGCCAAGUGUGGCAGCUACAGAAUGUUACGCACCAAGUGAAGUGAGCAUUGAUUGGAGUGUCACUACUGCAGAAGGUUUCGAUCGAGCUAGUGUUACUAACUACUCAUCGGUAUCCGAGAUAGACAACAAUGUGUCAAAUUCUAGACUUUUUGGCGGUGUCAGCUCCAGUGGCAACAAUAGCAACGGCACAGGAGAAGCCGGAGGGAAGUGGAAGGGGGGAGGGUUGUUGAGUUGUCGCCAUGAAAAGGCGGUAAAUGUGGGGCCGCAGCCAGUUAAAUAUGGGUCGCCCGAGGGGCCACCACAAUUACCGUUGAUAACUACAGCAGGACAUGUGGGAAGCAGGCCAAUGCCCAGAGCUAAUAAGCCACCCAUUGCUAGCUCUCAUUCAGCACGCUUGUCUCUUGCAUUUGCUGCAUGACAUGACAAAUAAGCUCCUUCACAAUGCCAUGUUUCAUGUCUAUAUGUUUGACCCCCUCCUUCUUUCUGUUCUAUUUUACGUGACAUUGUUAUUAUUUGGAGAAUUAUGAGAAAUUUUUCUUUGAUCC